AUGGCCAGUCUUACCUCGCGGCUAUCAGAUUUCAAUCCUUUCUCAUCUAAAUCGAAAAUCCGAGAAGAUGAUGAUGAUAAGGGAGAGCAAGUGACCAAUGCUACUGUUGCUGGAGGAGGGCAUAGUGCACGUGAGACUGGCAUCACCAAGAAUCAGCUCAGAGUCAGCCAUGCUCUGAAGUCGUUUCUUGUGGAGCAAAAGGUGCUUUCAGCUGAAGAAGUUGGACUUGACGGGUUGCUCAGUCUGGAUGAGACGACUGAAGCACUGAGAGCUUUUCUCGACAAACCUCACAUCGAUGUUCCCUCUUAUCUCACGGAUAGGUCUCAUCCCCUCCCGGAGUACUUUAUCAGUUCCAGUCACAACACCUAUCUAGUUGCUCAUCAGCUAUUUGGAGACUCGUCAGCUGAAGCUUACUCCAUCGCUUUACAUGCUGGAUCACGUUGCGUUGAGAUUGACGCUUGGGACAACGACGAAGAUGCUGACGAGCCAAAAGUUACCCACGGAUACACACUUGUAUCUCAUAUCAGUUUCCGCUCUGUUUGCGAGACUAUCCGAGAUGUCUACGACAAGGAGGCUGCAGAGUCUAAGCCAGAACAAGGUUAUAGGGCAGCACCGAUUAUGCUUUCACUUGAAAACCACUGCGGUGCUAAAGGCCAGCUUCGUCUCGUUCAGAUUAUGAAAGAGGUCUGGGGGGAUCGUCUAUUAAGCAAAUCUGUCAGGGAGGAAGGUCACCAAGAGCAAGAAGGUGGUCAACAUGUCACCCUGGCAGAGCUUGGAUCUAAGAUCGUGGUCAUUGUUGAACAUCACAUACCUGGUGAAAUCACUGAAAGUGAUAGCGACUCAAGCUCCGACAGCGAAGAUGAAGAGCAAAAGGAAGCCAGGAAAACCUACAAAGACAAAGAAAAGGCCGCUCCAGCUACUGUCAUCAUUCCUGAACUCGCUGACCUAGGCGUCUACGCUCAAAGCGUAAAACCCAGUGACAACUCCUGGUAUGACCAACCAGCACUCACCAACGGUCCUCAUCACCACCUCAUCAACGUCUCCGAAUCCGGUCUAUCAUCCCACAUGCCCGCCGCGAGUGCCAAAAUCGGCGCUCACAACGCCCACCACCUCAUGCGCGUCUUCCCAAAAGGCACCCGAAUCUCCUCCAAAAACCUCAACCCCGUCCCCUUCUGGGGCGUCGGCGCUCAAAUCUGCGCUCUCAACUGGCAAACCUUCGGCGCCGGCAUGCAAAUGAACGAAGCUCUCUUCAGCGGAACCGACGGCUACGUCCUCAAACCGCCCGCCCUCCGCGCCGGCGGCUCAGGCAGACUCAGCACCGGCAAACAAAAGAAACUCCGCCUCCACAUCGCCGGCGCAACAGACGUUCCCAUCCCUAAAGACGGUGACGCUGACGCCAUCAAACCGUACGUCACAUGUUCCCUCGUGCACCCCGACGAUCUCGAGAAGAACCCACCGAAACGCAAGACGGCGCCGUAUAAACAGCAUAAACUCAGUUUCCUCCAUAAGGGGGAGAAUCCGGCGUCGACGGAUCCGGUGUGGGAUGAGGUGCUUGAGUGGACGUAUGAGGAGAAUGAAUUGGUGUUUUUGAGGAUGUUGUUGAAGAGUGAUGAUAGCUUUGCGUCGAAUCCGGUGUUGGCGGUUGCGGCUGUUAGGGUGGUUUGUGCGGCGGAGGGGUGGAGGUUUGUUAGACUACUUGAUUUGAAGGGGGAGGAGACGAGGUGUAGUUUGCUUGUUAAGUUUGAGGUUGGGGAUGCUUAG